CAAGGUAUUGUUCGCAAAUUGGUAAAAGAAGUUGAAAAAGAAAUAACCAUCGAUCAACGUCAUCAUCCAGCCAAAAUUGGUGCAAAGGGAGAAAAAGUUUGUGAACCGCAAGAACAAUGCAAUGUACAAAUCACGUUUCCCGGAUUAAAAUUUAGGAAACUGAUAAAAGGAAAUUUUAAAAAAGCUACUAGUGCAGUGCCAGUACCAAAGGAGCAUCGUGGUCAUGUGAUGGGCAAACAUGGAGCUCGCCGUAAGGAGAUUGAACAACGAACUGGUGCACGUAUUCAGAAGCCAAGUUUUCAAGACACAUCUGAUAUUAUAAAUGUUACUGGAAAACGAGAUGCUGUUGAAAAAGCUGUUCAGGAAAUUCUAAUGAUUUCAGAUGAGUUGUCUAAGAAAGCAUUUGAGAGAAUUGAAAUUCCAAAGAUUUACCAUCCGUUCAUUACUGGAGGACAUAAUGAAAAUCUCAACAAUUUAAUGAAAGAAACAGGUGUCAAGGUCCACGUUCCACCACCAUUUGUGGCUAGUGAUGAAAUAACGAUUGCGGGUGACAAGGAAGGAGUACAACUGGCUAUCGAGAAGAUUAAACAAAUUUAUGAAAAAAUGGAAAAAGAAUCUGAAACAGUUUUCGUGGAAAUACCAAAACAAAAACACAAGUAUUUAAUGGCACAAAAAAGAAGUGGAAUUCAAGAUAUAUUAUUGGAAACAAACGUCAGUGUUGAAAUGCCCCCAAGAGAUUCUGACAUGGAGACCGUUACCUUGAGAGGCCUUUACAAGGAUUUGGGCACUGGAUUAACUAAGUUGUAUGAAAAAGCCAAUAGUAUGACUUCGGAAGCAAUUGAGUGCCCAAGAUGGAUGUACAGGUUUUUAAUUGGCAAAAAUGGUUCAAACUUAAGGGAAUUGAUUGAAGAUAAUGAAAAAGUCCAUGUUGAGUUUUCUGAUGACAACAAGAUCACUGUCGAAGGACCUACAAAUAUGGUUUCUAAAGUAAUUGAUUCAUUGAAGAAGGCUAUUGAUUGCUACGUGUCUAUAGAAUUUGACGUGAAAGUUAAAAACGAAUAAAAUUGAUUUUUGAACCAGUCUAGGCGGUAUAAGCAACAUAUUAGUUUACUAGAAAAAUGAGAAGGUUAUUAAACCCGAAUUCCAUCCUAUGUUUAUUGGUAAGAAAGGAAUAUUAUUGUAAUUUAUUUAUUGUACACAACCAUUUCACACGAUAAUUUUUU